GAAGCAUUCACUGCAAAACUAUUAGUAUGUUCGGUCGUAAAAUAUGUAAUUUUACGAACGGUUUAUUUGUAAGAUAUAUUCAUAAGACAACACCAUCUUAUAAAGCAAGAGCUGGUCGUUAUCGUCCUACAACACACAAAACAUUGCCUUUGACAUAUGAGCAAUCUCAAGCUCCCUAUUUAAUAGGUGUUAGUAAAACAUGGAAUUCAAUGAACACAAGUACAAUAAAUGAAGCACAUGAACCAUGUAUUGCUGGAGAUAUUGCUAUUCAAGAUAACUUUAUCAGAAAAUUUAUGUAUGGCACAUGGCCUAAACUUUUCGUCACAGAAUUAUUUAUUAAACGUCGAUAUAACAUGAUCUUUAUUGGAGGAAUAGUUCAAAGAACAAUAAUACCUCGAAAACUUUAUUUUUUAAUUGGCUAUACUGAAGAGUUGCUAUCUAAUUUCCUUAAAUGUCCAGUUAAAAUGGAAAUUCAAACUGUUGAUUCUAUGAAGGAUGUUAUAUUUAAAUAUGUUUAACAAUUUUGAUAUGUGUACAAUAAAAAUCAA